AUGAAUGCAGUGGAGUCGUCAAUUCAACAAGAGGAAGCAGCGAGUCAUGGAAGCAUUAAAAACGUAGCCUUUUCCAAGAAAAACACAUCUGCCAUAGCUAGGAAGCUGCUGCAGUCCACUGACGACGGCGAUGCCAAUCGGAUCGGCAACGAGUGCACCAAGGACGACAUCGUGAUAUUCCAAGGCUCGACGGCACCGCUUCCGAACGGGAUCCCGACGUACACGGUUCAGAUAAUGAACGUGUGCGUGUCGGGUUGUAGCAUCUCCAACAUUCACGUCAGCUGUGGGUGGUUUAGUUCGGUGAAGUUGAUUAAUCCCACGGUGUUCAGGCGACAAACCUAUGACGAUUGCCUUGUUAAUGAUGGGGAGCCACUUGGUCCCGGCGAAGGCCUCUCCUUUGAAUAUUCUAAUACUUUUAGCUACCCUCUAUCUGUCUCGUCUGUAGCCUGCUGCUAACU